AUGGACCCGGAGGUUCAGAAGCAUUACUAUAGUAAAUGCCCCGAUCUCAAAAUUGAGCUUCACCAUGAUGGGAGGAUAGUGGACAUAGUAUACGGCACAUCCGCGGCCAUUCGGAAUGCCUCUGAUGUGUUCAACCGUAUGCUGGACCCUGAUAAUGGCUUCUGCGCCCUACCAGUAGACACAGACCUCGGAAGACAGCUGCGAGUCCUCUCCUUACCAGAUGACCAAGCAGAGGCAAUGCUCAUAAUCCUCAAAAUUAUCCACUACGAAACGAAGUCAAUAUCCAAAACACUUUCUUACCAACUACUGGUUGAGCUUGCAGUGGUUUGCGACAAGUACGAUUGCGCUAGAAUCGUUCAUCCGUGGCCGGAUACCUGGAUUCCCAACCUGAUCAACGCGAGGGAUCAUGAUCUUUCAAAAGUCGGGCAGGAGGACUGGCUCCUAAUAGGACAUAUCUUCCCAACCGUUAGAGGUAUUGCAAAAUUGGUACGCGAACUGUCAGUACAGCUUGCAAAAGAGUGCUAUAAUUGGAGUCCAGACCACUCAGAGUUUCGACGGUACCCCCGGUCAAGUUCAGACUGCUUUUCGGAUGAAAUACAUGGGCAUACUGUGAAACUCAGAUUUACUCCUGAUCGGAUAGUUAACUAUAUUGUGGAAGAGAGCGAACGUGGGAAAAAGUUGGCUGUGGAAAAGAUCCGAAACUUUUGUGCUGGAUUGGACGUUAUCAGCCAAGGCCAAGGCCAAGGCGAUGCUAAUACACCGCCAUGCAGUGACUACGCGUGCCUCGAAUUGGCCACCGGCUCUGUCGUUCGUUCGAUAAAACGACUCGGACUUACUAUCCACCAGAUUUCCAGUACAGCGGGCUUUGACAAAUUUCCUCUUUGGAUAGUUUGUAGACAACUGAAAGCAAUUGCGACCAGCUGCAAAACAAUUAUUCCCUGGACUGUUACAACAUACCCUGUGUUCGUCUUAAGGAAAGGCUUUUUUGACUAUGGAACAUAUAAACUUAGCGGUGGUGGGAAUAUGGAGCAUAUUCAAGCUGGAAUACUAGUAAAUCCGACGGCUGCUGGCUCUCCACCACCCAGUGAUUUACUAAUGGGAUCUUCAAAACAGGAACGAUGCACAAUUGCGAAGAAAGCGCAGGAAAUAGCGGAGAUUGCAGAUGCCGUUGAAAACUCUAUCUCCGGUUAUAUAUUGCAAUUUGAGAUAAUCAAAGACUAA